AUGGAAAGCAACAACGCCGGUCAGGACAAGCCCAUUGGCAUCCCCACCCAGGACUUCAGCAAAGACGCCCCCAGCACCGGUGCCGUCAAGCCCAAGGCCAUGGAUGCCCAGGGAGCUGUUGGCAAGCAGUUUGAGGCCGACGGAGCCAUUGGUUCAAUAGGCCAGGCCGUUGGAGGCCCCUUGGCCGCGGACGGGAUGAUUGGAAAGCAGUUCACCAAGGACGGCGCCAUCGGCGGCACUAUCCAGAACAACAUGGGUGGUACCAAGAAGGCAUAA